CGUACGACGCAGUCCGUCAGACAAGUGGGCGGAGGUGACGGAUCGCGGAUCAUGACGAUCGCGAGCAUUAACACACAGGGUAGGCAAACACGUGUGUCACUGGCCUGCAUGUACCAGCUGAGAUGACAGCUGAGACGGUCCUCUCAAAAACGAAAUACAGAAGCUAACAAUAUAAGGUUCUCUUCUUUUCUGAUAUUGGAAAACGGUUGGAAGGACAAGGGCAAGCGAUUGAGAAUAUAAUAUAUCACAAGGAAGCAUGACACUUGAAGCUAUCAGAUAUUCCAGGGGGAAACUCAGCAUCCUUGACCAACUCCUACUCCCAAUGCAAACACAGUACAUUGAGGUUAACAAUACCAACGAUGGUUGGCAAGCAAUCAAGAAGAUGCAGGUACGGGGAGCACCCGCCAUAGCAAUAGUAGGCUGUCUGAGCCUUGCUGUUGAGCUGCUGAAAACAGACUUCACCUCCACAGAGGAGCUGGGAAACUUUAUCAGUGAGAGACUGGACUAUCUUGUCACUGCCAGACCUACGGCGGUCAACAUGGCUUCCUCUGCCAAACAAUUCCAGCAGCGAAUUUCCACUCUGCUGAAAAAAGGAGACCUGAAUGUUGAAGACUUUAAAAAGACAGUUGUCAGUGAAAUUGAAGAAAUGCUUGAAGCUGAUGUUCGUGACAACCAUGCCCUAGCAAAGUAUGGUGCAACGGACAUCAUGGAGCGGUGCCCUCACAACAAAUUUACAGUCCUCACACACUGCAACACUGGCUCUUUAGCCACGGCAGGGUACGGCACAGCUCUAGGUGUGAUUCGAGCACUUCAUGAGAAUGGUGAUCUUGAUCAUGCUUAUUGUACAGAGACUCGGCCAUACAACCAGGGAGCUCGACUUACUGCUUACGAACUUGUGUAUGAGAAAAUACCAGCCACUCUUAUUUGCGACAGCAUGGCUGCCAUGUUGAUGGAGCGCAAGAAGAUCUCGGCAGUGGUGGUCGGAGCAGACAGGGUGGCAGCUAAUGGAGACACAGCCAACAAGAUUGGCACCUACCAGCUCGCCAUUAGCGCCAAAUAUCACAAUGUGUUGUUCUACGUUGCCUGUCCGACGUCAUCGUAUGAUGCUAGUAAAGAGACUGGAAAAAAUAUUAUCAUUGAAGAGAGACCUGCUCAAGAGCUCACAAAAAUCCAAAAUAUACCCAUAGCAGCGCCAGGUAUAGACUGCUGGAAUCCUGCAUUUGAUGUCACACCUGCCGAGCUCAUCACAGGCGGGAUCAUCACAGAGCACGGAGUCUUCAAACCAUCCGAACUUCAGCAUAAACUCAAACCUUUUAUAAACAAAUAGUCCAAUAAUACUCCCUACACAGACCAAUAAUGUAUAGCCAUAUUGUCCUUUAAUAUUCAAGUGCGUUAGUGUGAUUGAAAAUUCAGUCCGUGCUAUUUGAAACAAGUCUAAACAGAACCCUGUCUAGUCUGUAAACUUUGUAAAUCGAACUUGUGUGUUAGAGAUGUACACAUUGCACUGUUGUAAAAUAUCAGUUCUGUAUGCUGGAAACCUUCGCCCAGUCAAAUUUUCGCCCUACGCUGAUAUAAUCAGUUUUCACGUAGUAUUAUUUUCGCCUUUCAAAUGUAAGUAAAGUACUAUGUAUGGUAUAUUGUGUGCUUAACAGAUGGCAAAAAACAAAAGGCAAAAGUUAAACUUCAGUGAAAGUUUCCUGGUAUACAGUAUUCAUUUAACAUAUCAUAAAUUCAACUUUUUGAAGUCAUUGCUAUUGGCUAUAUAGCUAUAGUAAGUGGGAGGUGUCUUACAUUAUAAAAAACGUAUGUACUGUAUGGCAUACAUGCCAAGUCUCACAGAUUUUUACUUCUGAUAAAGUCUCAUGGCGUGGGACAUGAAUUUACAGAAAGUCCUCAAAACCUCACGUUUUUUAAUGAUCGAUCAGUGAAUCAUUUUCCCGUUGUUAUUAAGUGUUGUGAGAUAACUGUAUCUUUCUGCAUCACAUGCCUGACAUUUGGAAUGCACUUCAACAAUUAAGUGGUGGUAAUUGUUAAGGGUUCUGUGAUAAGAAAUGUUUUGAUGCAAUCAAGCAAAUUUAAAUUUUUCAAUUUGUUAAAAUAAAAUAUUGAAAAAA